CCUAAAGGCACCACAAGCGGCUACUUUUUGUAACGUGGGUUGAACCAUGUCACAGCUGGAUAACAUGGACACUCUUCUCAGUACAGAGUCCAUAUGGAAAGUGAAAGCAGCAGAGUCCAAAGGGUGGUGACUGCAGGAGGGGCUGAUGGCAGCGCAGCAGAAACGCUUUGGCUGACAUGACAGCUCUCCUCUGGAUGCUCGCAUGGCUGCCUCAGGUCCUGCUAGCUGUCAUUGAACUCCCCCAGCCUGUUGUCCUGAACCUGAACUCAAGUCAUUUCAUUCAUAUGCUGGAAUGGGAGCCUGGACCAGGGACACCCACAGGAGUCUACUACCAAGUCACAGUAAACACAGAAAUGGGAACUUCCUGGGUGCCAGUGGUUGGCUGCGAGCAUGUCCAGCACUCACUGGUUUGCAGCCUGACGAAGGCCUUCUCCGACCCAAAACAGGUCUACUUUACCAAGAUUACAGCACUGCUGGAAGCACAGCACUCACAAGCAGGAUUAUUCAACAGUGUCAUCCACGGGGGAUUUCAACCCAUCAAAGACACUCAGCUGGACCUGCCACGUCUGACUGUGACACCAUGUGGCCAAGAUUUGUGUGUGGACCUCCUGCCUCCCAUGGAGCACCUGAAGGAGAUCUAUGAUUCUCUGCAUUACAAACUCAGGGUCAAGAGCAAAAAUGCAGACAGAGCGCAGUUCUCUAAGGACACCAAGUCUCUGAGAAGAGUGAUUCUGAAGGAUCUGGCCUCUGACAGACAGUACUGUGUCUCAGUCUGCUUCUCAGGCAGAGAUUCUCUGGUGCAGAGGGAGUCCAACUACAGCCAACCUGUGUGUGCUUUCACCCCGGCCCACUACACUGCAGACACGUGGAUCUCAGCCUCGUUGUGUUUGUUGGUGAUUUGUGCUGUGGUCGUUGUGGCCCUGCUGGUCUAUACUGGUUUCAUCUGUCUGAAGAGGAGGCCACUGCCAUCAGUCCUGGCAUCCAUUCAGCACAAAGAAGAGCUUCUAGUUGUUUCAUCCCACAAGACGUCCUUGUUGUCUGUCUUGAUUUUUAAACCAACAGCACCCUCUGCAGGUGAAAGGAGGAGCAGCCAAACUUCAGUUGAGAGCGACGAGGAGAGCGUAACGGAGAGCACUGGGUGGAGCAGAGGAGGAGGUUAUAAACUGCAAGUGGGCAAUAACCUCACCUCUUCAUCUUCAUCCACUUUGUCAGCUCCUUUAUCCCUGCAGCCUCAACCGCCGCCAAGCUUCUCCUCAAACCAAACAUUUGACUUCUUCGUUGCCGAGGCUGAACCCUCCAUUUCAACAGAGACACGAUCCGAUGCUGGAUUAAAGGAGCCACUGAGCACACACACAGCCUCACACUCUGAUUCAGAUCCUUGUCCUGCAGACACAGACUGUUUGACUGCAGGGAGGAAGGUGGUGGGAGAGGGGGGCAGCCAGGAUGUAAACCUCCUCACACUAACCUUUGGCCGGCACGGGGAUGGGGAGAAAUCACAUUUUGACACUGCAGGGGAGCCAGAGAUGGACAACACUUCACAAAUUAGGGACACUGAGGAAGUUGCUAUAGAAACUGAUUCCUGCUCUGGUGAUGACGAGGAAGAGCACUCUGGAUAUAAGCGGCGAUGAUGAGCCAUGAACAGAUGUCUUCCAGAACUUAGAGAUCUUGGAGUUUUCCAGCAGGAAGUUACUCAGUUUCAUUUCUUUUUACACUUUCAUAAUGUGUUCACACCAGUGUUACAAGACAGUCCGGGGACCAGACACUGAACACUGACGUUCUCAUCGUUCAUUCUCAUUACACCAUGGAUUCAUUCAGAAUGUCUCCAACAUCUCAGCCCCUGAUUACUUAUUACAAAAUGACAUUACAACAAUUCAUAGAGCCAAUAUGUUUUUGUAGUUUACACACCUCCUUGGGAUAACUUAAGUGAAUCUUUUUUCAAGUUCAUUGUCCAUGUGCUGCAGAAAUGACCCGGCCUAUUAAAUCUGUUUCUACACACUUGGUACAGAUCCCCUACAAAUAAUUGCAGCAUCAUCACUUUAAUAGAUGCAAAAAUGAUCGUUCCCUUCAGUAUGGUGAAGAGUUCAAUACCAGGGCUGCCACCGCGGUGCCCCUGGGCAAGGCACUGUCCCUAUAGUUAGUUCACUGUAAGGAGCAACUGCUAAAUGACCUGUAAUGUCAUUUAAUAUCAGUAAAAUAAUUACAAUUAGAUAUCUUUCCAAACCGUUCAGCUCAUACAAUGCUGCUAUUAUGACAUGUUGUUGACAGCUAUAUUCAUGUUUUCUUGUGUGUGUGUGUGUGUGAGAAAGUUGCCCAUGAACAGAACAGAAGAGCUUAUAUUUCAGUUUACCGCCAGUUAAUAUUGUGAACAUCACAAACGUUGUGGCCUUCAUGGAGCUGACAGGAACAGUGUAUGACCGGUCUGUACUGAGUGUCCUCACAGGAAAACGUAAGAGAGGAUAAAAGUACAAUAACAGGAAUAACAAUGUUACGAGGGCAGUUACAUACAUACAUGCAGAUAAAAGGGCAGUCGACUUACCUCUCACUACCUAAACAACUCUUUGUUUCCAGUCAGAAGAAAAGUGAUUUAUCUAUUUGUUGUUACAGUGCUGCACCCAGGCUGCAUCACAAACACAUCACAAACACCACAGCCUGUUCGACUGAGGCUGGAAAUGUAGGCAAGGGCGUCAUGAUUUGAUCAGCAGCUGGAGGACUACUUGAUACGAGAACACUUGAUACUUUCCUUCCAGUACAUGCAGAGUGUUUCUCCCUGGAACUUGUGGAUUUGGUCGUGAACUUUAUGCAAAAUCCACUGAAAGCACAGUCAAUCAUGUGCUGUGCAUCCCUGGUUGCUUUGCUUUGAUAAUGCUUUGUUUUGCAGGGAGACAAACUUACAUUACAAUUUAGCUAACUAAAGUAGAAGUCGUCCAGGAGAGAGAAGCAGGUACAUGACAACAUUUCAACCAUUGUAUUGUGCUGAAUAUCACUGACUGAUUAUGAAUGUGUGAGAGCGUCUUAAGGCAGAUUUUAACCUCCACAGUUCUCCAACAUGAAAACUAUUUGCCAAAAUAGCUUAAGCAAAAUAGGAGUUUGCUAAAAAGGUCCACAUGAGUACUGUAUUGCUUUUAAAAUGCUUUUAUGUUAUCAAAACAUUUACUCUCUUCAGCUCUGAACUCUGAAUAUGUAGUGACGUUGAGACUAGAGCGGAAACUAUUCGCUGCUUAAUCAAAUUGAAAUCAAAUGAAUCCUCAACAAUCUGUGACAUUUUUGGAAAUAAUUGUCAGGUUGACCGAUAAUGAAAACAUUGUUGCAGCUCUAAUGGUCCGUACAGUGCUGUACGCACCACUAUGACACUCGUCCACAUGGUUUUCUGUGAGAUGAUGGUAGAAAUGAAAACCUGUCGUGUACAAACCAUGUUGGAGUUAUUAGUGAAUGAAUGUUACAUAGUACCUACUGUAUGUGGUUUCAUACAUGCCAGUCUCUUUUUAUUUUGCCAAAUAUUAUUUUCUGAAUGUUCAGUGUACACUCAUAUGGCCAUUGCACUUAUUUGAAGUUACACAUUGCAUCAGGAAGUAUUGCAUGUAUUAUUUCCAAUUUUAUGUCACAAUAUAAUUUUAUGUCACAAUAUAACUAGUUAAUUUCCAUAUUUGACAUUUUUGUAUUUUUAUACUCACUGUAUAAUCUUGUCAUAGUCUAAAGACUCAUUACUCAGCGUUCAGCCAUAAACCUGUACAUUUCACAACUAAUAAUAAAGUUACAUUUCACAUAGCAA